AUGACUCCAAAUCUCCUCAUCACCGGUGCCACGGGCUUCAUUGGGUUUAGAACUUUACUAGAGGCACUGGAUGCUGGUUAUAUCGUUCGAGCAGCCAUUCGGAACGAAUCCGGAUCUAAAGCCUUACUUUCACACCCCAAACUUUUGGAAUUCUUUUCAAAAAGCAAGCUUUCAUUCAUUGAAGUUCCGGAUAUUCUACAAACGAAUGCUUAUACGGAAGCUUUGAAAGAUAUGACUUACGCAAUUCAUAUCGCAUCACCAAUCCCCCUGCCCUUUAGAAACCCGCAAACUGAGAUCAUUGAUCCAACAGUGCAAGGCGCAGCAAACAUACUCGAAGCAGCACUUAAAACUCCAUCCCUCAAGCGCAUGGUCAUCACAUCUUCCAUCGUUGCAAAUCUGCCUUUUCUCCAUGCAACCAACAACCCCCCUCCAACGACAGCCGAAUCUCGAGUCGUUGAUCUGGAAAGGAAUGUGACGGAGGUAUUUCCUGCCUAUUGUGCAGCCAAAAUCGCAACUUUGAAUGCAACGGAUGCCUUUGUGGAGAAAAGCAAACCACACUUCGACGUCGUGAAGGUUUUCCCGGGAUUUGUCUAUGGAAAAGACCAGCGGGCCACGGAUGUCAAGUCGUUGAUGUCGGGGUCAAACCGGCUCGUUCUGGCGAUAAUUCUGGGUCAUAAAUCCGACGAGCCCAGACUGGCGGGGGGAGCCCAUGUCGAUGAUGUAGCGAAAGUUCAUGUAUUGGCGCUAGACAGAGAAAAGGCUGGCACGCAAGAUUUUGGAGUCACCGCCCCGAUGGUUUACGAUGAUGCUUUCGAAAUUGUGAAGAAGCAUUUUCCCAAGGAAGUAGAUGAUGGUGUAUUUAAACAAGGGAAUCAACCGAGCUUGCGGCUUAAUUGGAACGCGGAGAAGAUAGAGGAUGUGCUUGGGUUUAAGUUCAAGACUUAUGAUGAUAUGGUACUUGAUAUUACAAGACAGUAUCUGGAGUUCUCGGACAAAGCUGCAUAA